GGUACCCAAGACGGCAGGGCUGCGCGUGUGCCUUACCAGGUCCUGGCAGCACCAUCCGGCUGGGGGUGAGGACGCUGGCCGCCUGUUUUAGGAACGCUGGAUGUUUUGAUUUCGAUUUUGUAUUCGUUAUCUCAACUGGAUAUACAUGCCCGCGCGAUUAAAAGCGAGACGACAGCACGCCGGUGAACGAGCACCGUAUCGAUGGGGAAAAUAAGUUGAUAGGCUUCGGAAGAAUGUUUUCCUCGUUCCAGGAAAAGGGAUUGCUCAGUUGAUCAGCGUGAUGGGUGUAUCGAGAAUACAGAGGCUUCGGGGAAUUUGACUUUUGGAGAGGAUCUGGAGGUAUCCUUCUACAGCAGGGGUUUUAUUUCGAGCGCGACAAAAAGCGGCAACGGAGCGCCAUACUGCAAAGAAAGCUUCCCGGAUCGAUACCGCGUAGCAAUCCGAUGCGUAGAGUUUGUUACACUGGUCAUUUUUGAUUGAAUUUGAUUGAAUAAAUCCAGUUUCAUGUUAAGCAAGUAAGCUGGCGAGCAAGAAUCAAGUCGGCAACAGUGGCCUGAUUAAGAUUCGCGUAACUUCUGCAAACUGCAUGCAGCCCUGGCGGUGGAAACGGGGCUGGAUCGACCCAAAAUGGCAAAUAUGAAGACAUUUAAAAGAUGAAUGUUGCAUCUCCUACGUAACCUGUGCUAUUCACCAGUUUCCCUUUCCGUGCAAAAGAGAGGGAAAUAAGCGCAAGUUUCGAGCAAAGCAAGGUGCUCCCUUAUAUCUCCACCAUGAGGGAGAUUUGAGGCCGUGUAGAAAUUAUUUAUUAUGGGGGGAGCGGGUUUUUUAUCAGUCGCAUUUUGAUUUAAUCAUUUUGUUUUUACUUUUUUGUUAUCCCUCUGCGAUAGAUUUAUUUGCUGGUGUAAAACGUUUUUUUAUUCAAAUAGAAAUAUUCUCGGAAGUAGGUCAGAUCAAAGAAAGAUAAGGCUGGUUGAUCUUUUGUCACGUUAGUAUGACACCUUUCCAUACUUAUCCUAUACGCCGGACAUUUAUGUUUUGAUUUCACUCACCGUUUGGCUAAAUGGCAGCCAAAUGAGAGUUUGACCAUCGCGGCUUUUCCUGACAGCACCCUUGUCCAUCUCGCCGCCGUCUGAUCUUGUUUGAAGUACCAUAUUUUGCUUCUCGUCCAUCUUUGUUUUUGUUAUCCCAUCAUUUUUGUGGCUGUUGAGUGAGUGAAUGGCUCUGUGCGGAACCACGGCUUCCAAUGCCGCGAAAAUGAUGGCUGCAUACAACGGCGGCACCUCGGCAGUGGCAGCGCAUCACCCGCACCAUCACCAGCAGCUACCCCAUCUCCCGCCACCCGCCCACCUCCAUCACCAUCAUCACCCGGGCCAGCAUCACCUCCAACACCCCGGUUCGGCCGCCGCCGUACACCCCGUACAGCAGCACGCUUCCACGGCUGCGGCCGCAGCUGCUGCCGCCGCGGCGGCGGUGAUGCUGAACCCGAGCCAGCAGCAGCCGUACUUCCCCUCGCCCGCUCCCGGUCAAGCUCCGGGCCCGGCGGCCGCUGCAGCCCCAGCGCAAGUUCAAGCCGCCGCCGCAGCCGCUGUGAAGGCGCACCAUCAUCAUCAUCAUCAACACUCGCAUCACUUACAACCGCAGCUGGAUAUUGAACCGGACAGACCUAUCGGAUACGGAGCUUUCGGUGUUGUUUGGUCGGUGACGGACCCCAGAGACGGCAAACGGGUGGCCCUCAAAAAGAUGCCCAACGUCUUCCAAAACCUCGUCUCCUGCAAGAGGGUUUUCCGGGAGUUGAAGAUGCUCUGUUUCUUCAAACACGAUAAUGUGCUGUCAGCUCUGGAUAUUCUUCAACCUCCACACAUCGACUACUUCGAGGAAAUUUAUGUGGUGACGGAGCUGAUGCAGAGUGACCUUCAUAAGAUCAUCGUGUCUCCACAGCCCCUGAGCUCUGACCACGUCAAAGUCUUUCUCUACCAGAUCCUGCGAGGACUGAAGUAUUUACACUCAGCUGGUAUUUUGCACAGAGACAUCAAACCUGGUAACCUUCUGGUCAACAGCAACUGCGUACUUAAGAUUUGUGACUUUGGCCUGGCGAGAGUGGAGGAGCUGGACGAGUCGCGUCACAUGACCCAGGAGGUGGUGACACAAUACUACAGAGCGCCAGAGAUCCUGAUGGGGAGCAGACAUUAUUCCAAUGCCAUCGACAUCUGGUCUGUGGGCUGCAUUUUUGCUGAGCUGCUUGGCCGACGCAUCUUAUUUCAAGCUCAGAGUCCCAUUCAACAGCUGGACCUGAUCACAGAUCUGCUGGGGACUCCGUCUUUGGAGGCCAUGAGAACGGCGUGUGAAGGGGCCAGAGCUCACAUCCUGAGAGGUCCUCACAAACAGCCUUCACUUCCUGUCCUGUAUACACUGUCCAGUCAAGCAACCCAUGAGGCCGUUCACCUCCUCUGUAGGAUGUUGGUUUUUGACCCAUCAAAGCGAAUCUCUGCGAAGGACGCGCUGGCACACCCGUACCUGGACGAGGGACGUCUGCGCUACCACACCUGCAUGUGCAAAUGUUGCUACACCACAUCCUCUGGGCGCGUCUACACCAAUGACUUCGAACCCGUCACGAACCCCAAGUUUGACGACGGCUUUGAGAAAAACCUGACGUCAGUACGGCAAGUCAAAGAAAUCAUUCAUCAGUUCAUCCUGGAGCAGCAGAAGGGGAAUCGGGUGCCGCUCUGUAUCAACCCCCAGUCAGCUGCCUUCAAAAGCUUUAUCAGCUCGACAGUAGCUCAACCAUCUGAGAUGCCUCCGUCUCCUCUAGUCUGGGAGUAGCUGAGGACGUUGGUGAUAACAGUGGUGGUGGACGUCCCUCCCGCGGCACCGGCCCGCGCCCACCCCUCAAGCCCCCUGGACUACUGACCCCCAGGCAUCCCCAAACUAUGUAGCAUUUCACUGGAGUCUAGGAUUAGCCAUGUUGCUGAUAUGUGUGUGUACUGUAAUACUAUAAAAUGGAGUUUUAUAGAAGCAACCACUGCUGAGUUCAAGCGGGACACGGGAAGGGUUGGUGUGGCCAUGGGGGUUGGUUGUAUGGUAUGGAAAAGCAUACCCACUACUCCGUAGUUAUACGCCGAAGGUCCGCGAAGCAGCCUCGGCCGACGAAGUUGACCCCCUGUGGACUUGAAUGUAUUUUGGACACCAGGGCGGCGAUCUCUGCACGGUAUCCCUGAAGGAAAACUCUCAUCGAGUCGAUCCGCGUAGUCCCGCUUUAUUUAUUUUACGGAAGCCGAGUGCAGCGCUUCACGUAAUACGGAAGGCAACCUCUCUCUCUUUCUCUCUCUCUCAUUCAUGCUUGCAUCUCAACUACGAACUGUGACCACUUGGGCUCAUCGCAUUUAUUUCCUUCAGCUGUAGUGUGUAGUUUUUAUUUCACUUUUUGUUUCUUUCUCUAGCCAUUUAUUUGGUUUGUUUUUAUCUCACCGUCUCUCUCUCAUCCACCUUUCAUCAGUAAAGGUCAGUGUUAGCUCUCAACACUUUGCAGAGAUGCCCUAGUAGUACUUCUAAGGGGAUACGUUGCAUCAGUAUUUAGUGUUUUUGGGCAACAGAACGGCACAGCAUUUCUUAGCAUAAAGGAUCCAAAGCAUGCGAGUUUGGCCCGAGGCAAAAUGUACCACUGGCUGUUCUUCCACAGAGAUGGUGUGUCUAUAGCAUAAAGGUGCCAUGGGUGCAUGCACCUCAAUAUGAGAGGUUUACACAGUCAUGUCUGGCCCAUAGGUGGUUCCUGCGUGCACCGAAAAGAGCAUGCAGAGAUAUCUUAAAGGAGUAACAGCAUAGAUAUGGGGACGUCUGUUUGUUUGAUGACUUAAUCCUGUACCCUUGCUUUCCCCGCUGGAGUACCUAGAAACUGGGUCCAAAAUUAACAUUUAAGUGAAAAUAGACUUUGGAGAGUAAAUAGAACUGGGUGCAAUGUAAUAUGCGUUUUAAAUUGAAUUGUGGUGAUAAUACAAUGCAUAUUUUUUGUUUUAGUGGCUUGAUGUAUAAACUGAGCACCAGUCAAGUGCAUCUUUAUUUACUGUGAGAGGUGUCGCUGUGACAAUAAAUAAUGUAUUCGUUACAGGACAUCAAAAGCAAAGCAAGAUAUAUUAUAAUAAAUAAUGUCUAAUACAGUUUUAUGGUCAGUAAGAAGAGCAAAUUGUCCUUCGCUAUUGAUAGGAGUGACUUUAGUUAAUUUUGGACCCUGCCUAGAACACGCAGCAUGCAGAUGAUUGAUACCAAAUGUACAAAAAAUAUUCAAUUAAUAAAGCCAAAAUUUCUCAAGGAUAAAAGAUAAUAGGUUGACUCGGUUAUGAUCAACCGAACCAUUCCAUAAAAACAAUGGUAUGUUACCAAUCCUUAAUGAUAACACCAUUGUGUGAGUGCAUGUAUGGACCCUGUGCAUGUUUUUAACUGACUCACAAUGUUUGUGUCAGUUCAGUGUCUUCUUGAAACCCCUCAAAGUCCUUUUUUGCUGAAGAAAUCUUGGAGAUUAUAGGUCUGAAAAAGGUUUCUUUGAUCAUGUGUUUGUGGGUCACGAAAGCACUUGGGAGCAGUUUCACUGUAACAUGCAUAUAUUUCCCAUAAUGCAUUCUGCACUCAGACUAAACAAAUCAAAGUGAAGAUAUUUAAUAUAUUUUUAGAUAAUUAUUAUUAUUUUUAUUUUUCCUCAAUGUGCUAUGGCAUGCUUUCCCAUGAUCCACCGAACACGGUAUGUAAAUAAGUAGCGGGUAGAUUUUGACAGAAGCAAAACAAAAACCUUACAAAAACAACGUAAUACUGCUGUAAAGAAGUUGAAUUAGCCUGCACAUUUUUAGGGCUGUGAAAUUUGAUUUUAUUUUUGAGACUUGCAUAUAAUUGUACAUAUUUUUUCUCUUCUUGUUUUUCCCCUGCACUAGAGAGUGUAGACAACGAAAUAAUCCAGAUCAGUAUAUAAGUACAAAAACAUAACCAAUUAUGUUAAUUGUGUCUUACUGUAUGUACUGCAGAACUGUGGAUACGAGUAUUGAAGUAGAGCCCUUUUUUAAUUAUUGUUAAUUAUGAUGAUUAUUAUUAAUUAUAAUUAUUAUUAUUAAUUUCAUUUAAAGAAACACUGAACUGUCUGUGUAUAUGUAUAUAAUGGAUUCACAUUGUUGGUCUCUACCUCUUGAGCUUAAUGACUUGGUUGUUUACCUCCACAGUUUUAUUUCUAUGUGGAGAUUUAAAACUUGAAUGUCCCUUCCGACUUUUAUAUUCCUAUCGAACCCUAUAUAAAAAUCAAAGUCAUUCAAAUUUCAAUUGGUUGGAGGUGGUUCCCAUCAUCAUAUUCUUGUACAAAUUACCAUUUUCUCACCCCAGUGUUCUCCAACCGUUAGAUCACAAAGCAUACUUGUCCUGCGAGACAACCCGCAAUGAUGAACACGGUGUACUUCACCAAGAGACAUCGGUUGAGAUGAAUAUUUAAAACCGAAGCAAACAUGAGAAUACGCAAGCUUGGUUGGCCAAAAGGUACUACACCUGCUGUUGAGUUUUUAUAUUAAAUAUAAGAAGUUUAUACCCAGAGUUAAUGGUAUUUGAAUACGCUUUACAACACACACAACUAUAAUAUAAAGUUUGAGUUCGAUGAUCUGAAGCAUUUGAUUUAUGUGAACCGGAAACACUCUGUGGCUGUUGUUCUGUUCUGUUUAUUUUUAUUUUUUUGGAAAAAUCACCGGUCUCUUUUCAGAGUGUAGAUUUGAAGUACAUUGGUGACACUCAUUAAAUGUUGACAUUUAAAAAAA